AUGUUCUUCGAAGAGCCCGUCAUUUUUGAUAGAGUUGAGUACCCUAUGAGCAGCUACUACGGCGACUGUGACCAGACAUCCGAAUACAGUUGGCCGAUUAGCCCGUCCGAACGCUCGGAGAGCGACUACGGAUUCGACAUGAGCAGCCCAAGCCGGUUCUCCCCGCCGAUGUGCCAAGCAGACAACUUCUCGGGACCAAUUCCAACGGCUUCCGUAGCCACAGCCACUGCUUCAAUUCAGUCAGCAUUCUGCAAGAAGCCGAAGCUCCCAACCAUGUCCACCACGUCGCCGAAUCAGCAAAUCAAGUCCGAGAUUUUCGAUAACGAGUAUCACUCACCCAACAACAACUCCUACCCGUAUUCUCAAGUUUUUGCUGAAAACUUGAGCAUCAACAGUGAAGCUUCGGAUGCCCUUGAUGAGGGACAACUCGACAUCUAUCGUGACUUGAUCCUCAGACAUCUUGUCCAGGACAUUACUACUACUUGCGCGAAAGUCGGUCUCCCGACAGACCCGAACCAUUGGACCAACGAGCACUGCUGGAAGUGGAUCAAGGAGAUGUGCCAACAGUUCAGCCACCCCAUCCCGAAGCCUUGCUUUUUAACCGGCGCUUUGCUACUCCAGAUGAGCCAAAGGGACUUCGAGCAGUUUGCUCAGAGUGGAGCCGCAGACCUGCACGCGCAACUGCAGCUGUGGAAGACAGCUUUCGAAGCCUACCAACAACACCAACCGGCUGCUUCAAACGGCAACUACGGGAUCUCAAAUUCGAACACGAUGAGCGCAGCAAUUCCUAAGGAGUGGCCCAGCACGUCGAAAAUGCCGACAGCACAGAGUCCGGCUGCUCGGGAACCAUUCCAGUUGUUCCCGAAUUUGGAGGGGAUGAAUGGGUUUUAUGGAUGCUCCCCAUUCCAAAGCCCGACUCUCGCUCCUGAUGCCGGAUUUUUCGGAAACGACACGAUGCCCUCGCCCUCAAAUUCGGAGCUGAGCAGCCCUGGAUCUGAUGCGGAACUUGACGAUGAAGCUGACCUUCCUUUCGGUCUCUUCCCGGCUGGCGGAUUCCCUGAUGGAGCAGCUGCGUCCGGAGGAGCGUAUCGUGGCUCCGGGACCGUCCACUUGUGGCACUUCAUCAGAGAGCUGCUCGAUCAGCCGAAGCAAUACUCGCACUGUGUUCGAUGGGUGAAUCGAGAUGAAGGCACCUUCAAGAUCGAGUCGUCGCACGCCCUCGCCAAGUGCUGGGGACAACGCAAAAACCGCUCCCAGAUGAACUACGACAAGCUGUCCCGCAGCCUGCGCCAGUACUACAAAAAAGGCAUCAUCCAGAAGCCCGAGAAAAAGCAGCGCCUCGUCUACAAGUUCCUGCCACCGUACAACUUG